UUAUAAAUUGUGGUUGAAUAGUAACUUUAAUGCAUGUGUACAUAUACACUGAUGUUUUAGAGCCAGACUUUGUAUCUCUGGUAAGAUUACUUUACAAUCUAUACAUUCUAUUUUUUCUCUCUUGUGCUAUGAAAGUUUCUGAAAAUGGAUAGGCACACUAAAACCAAACUUAAUUCCACCCAGAAUUGCAGCUUCUGCUGGGUAGCUUGCAUCAAGAUGACAGGUAGAAUGUGUUUAGGACAGAGAAAGUGAAGUUAAGCAAGCAACCUACCUAACUCUUGUAUUCUGUUGAGCAGAUACUUUUUUGUUGUACCCACAUGCACGGCUAUAGCCAUCACUUCAGUGGGACCAGAAAGCAGAGGGAUGUAAGGUGGGGUAGGAGACAGGGAAAAUGGAAAAUAAGGCAUCUGGGGGUGGCAUCUAAGCAAUCUUUCCUCUUCAGUGUUGAAUACAAUCUAUAUAAGUGACUUCAGGUAUGUCUGACCUUUUGUAGGAAGGUAACAUUUUUGAUCCUGGUCAUGUACCCAGUGAUUCUUUGCUACUUUUUUUUUUUAAACUAGGAACUGUUCUUCAGUGUAGAUAUUGUCUCCUUGAUUAUGUACACAUUGUCAACAAAAUCCUAUUUUUAAAAGCCUAUUUUCCUCAUUCCUGAAACAACCUAACCUGGUUGACUUGUUGGAGUGCAUUUCAUGCAUUCUUAGUAACAAGCUGAAGGAAACGCCUAAUUCAGUCACAGCUAGGGGGUAGAAAGCAGCUAGGGAGCUCAUGCACGCUCCCUGGAUUCUUCUGCAAAACUGACACAUCCGUGCUGGGAAAGGAUCACAGACGCCACUGCAUACCACAGCAUGACUGUUCAGAGUGUGGAUAGUCUCCCAGUGGGGCUUAACUGAAGGCAGUAAAAAUAAGGCACUGCUAGUUACUGAAGAUGGAAGCAGAAAGGAAAAACUCUCCAACACUGAGUAAAAGCAAACAGCCUGUGAAAACAGAAUGGGGGUCUCAGAGUGUUGUAUUUACUUACUUUCAAGGGGACCUUAACAGUGUGAUAGAUGAACACUUUUCUAGAGCGUUAAGAAAUGCCAAGAACCCACAAGAUCUGAGCACAAAGCACAAGAGUGAGGAUGUUACCCUGAAGAAAGAUAGCCACAUGUCUACCCAUCAGUGGAAUUUCUCUUCUCAUUGGACCAAGUCAUAUCAAUCAUCUCCUGCUACAAACACAUCGAAUUCUGAUCUGAAUUUGUCGGCUGCUGCUACAGACCACCAUCAGGCAUCAGUUCUGCGGAAUCCUCCUAUUCAGCCUGCAGAGUUGUGGCACUUCCCUUCGAUAGCUAAUCCACAUCUUACUGAUUCAGGAUAUCCUCGCUCCUUGCCUGACCCUCAUAUGGUGCAGGGACCAAUGUCUGAUGGGAAAUACGGUUCUUUUCUUGAUUUUCUGCAACAGGAAAGGUGCCCAGCAUCUAGCCAGGAAUCUGUCGUGAAGCAAAGCUCUAACUCAGCCUGUAUUACUGGAUCAGCUAGGUUACAAAAUAUGAGUCAAAGUUUAACUCCUGGGGAAGAAAGGAAAGCCAGCUCCUAUCAAAGCCCAGGAAACCCUAGCAUCACUCCUGCCAGUUCAGGUAUCCAGUCUCAGGCUAGAAGACAAGACUUAUACUUUUAGCCAAUGGACAUUUCUGCUUUAUUCCUGAAGAGUUCUUUCUGUGAACUUUUAUAAUUCGCAAUUGUGAAUCAGGAGGAAAUAGACCACAGCCAUUCUGUGUUUUUUCCAAUCAGCCAGUUGCAUGACUACACAUGCUAAUAUACUAUUUUGUAAAAGAGUGAUUUACUUCUAAGUAAAUAACUUCCAGCCUGUGUGAUUCUACCAUAGUAGUUUGCCUUGUAUAAAUGAAAUAUAUUUGACUGGAGAAGCAUUGCCCUUGGGCCCUCUAAAGACUCCUAGCACUUUAAAAUCCCCCUACAACCCUUUGUUUUCCAUCCUUUGGAAAGAAUUACCAUUAUGGGGGGAUGCAUUCAGUGCCACAAGCUUUCAUGUCCUCACACUGGCAAGUUCCCUUACUUGGCAGCUGGAUUUGAACUUGUUUAAAAUAGCUCAGUUGAGUCUGUUUACAGGAGGACUGAACAUGAGAAACAAGCCAACAUAGCCAAGUUCAUUUCUCCCCCGUCUUUAGAGAUUUGGAAACAUUAGGGAUCCGAUACUUGGAUUCAUACUUUCAAUUCCCUUUGGCAUCCACUGGAGACUCAAGGCUAUACAGAGGCAAUGCAGGGUUAGCAAGGUCUCCCCCCCCCCCAAGAUUUACUGCUUAGUUGGUGCUGAGCAUGCUCAGUAACACUGCUGAAGCCAGCUGCCCUCAGUGUGCCACCCCCACUAUCAGCAAGGAUGGGUCAUUUCUGAGGCUAUAUUUGUCCCUUAGUGACCAGUUCCAUCCUUGGUAUAUCUGUGCAGCUCCUUGGGGCUUCAGUGAAGUAGCACUAGUGGAUCUGGUAGGAAUUUUGGGUCUUUACUGAGCAAGAUGAAUGUGUUCCACAGCAAUAGACGUUAGAGCGGAGGAUGGCCUAUUAAGUCACUGGCCCAGUCUUCCUGUUGAUAGUGACUUGUAUCCUCCAGCGCUUUAUGUGGUUUAAUUUUAAAGCAACUUAAGUAAUAUGACUUGUGAGUAAUUAUUGCUGGGCAAGUGGCAGUACAUGGUAAUCCUCUGACCUUGGAGGGAUCUUCUUUUCACAAGCAUGUCCUAUUCAUGAAUUUCCACACACACACCCCUGCCCACUCCCCUGUGCUGCCUGCCCAGAAGACAUACUGCCUGUUGAUAUUACACACUCAUCUCUUAACUUUCACACUGAUCAUCUCUAGCAUACAUGUCUGCUGCGAUUACUGCAUGAAAAAAUCUCACCGGAUCAGUGUUCAAGUUCACAUGUGUAACUACUGCAGUAUCUCAUGGCAGAAAUACUGUACAGGAGCCCUUUCUAUCCUUUAUGGCAUUUGAAAGAAGCCAACUCUCUAAUGUAGGGCAACUGGUAGUGCUUUCUACUGGCCUCCGAAAGUAUUCAGGAAGUAAAGAUCCAGAGUAUCUUUUAAUAUGUACAUUUUCCUAAUUAUAGUCAUGCCACUAAUUUCUCCUAUUCAUAAGGUAUCUUGAGCUGAAUAAGCUCAGAGGACUGAAAAUAUUCAAAAGUUAUGUGGACAAAAAGACGUGAUCCAAUACACAGGGCCCCUUGCACACUCCCCUUGGUGAGUGGUUCUCAUCAAUAAUCGCCAUCUGCUUCAAUGGAACUCGUGAGCAACUACUCAGUAGCAGGAAUAGGGAGGUCUAACUAAUCCACUAUUGUUGCUUAAGCUGCUGAAUGGUAAGUCAUUGGGACUUUUAUAAGUUAAGAAGCCCCUCACUUUUGGGCAUUUCCCCCCCUUCCCACAUAUCUACUCUCUGCAUUGAAAGAUAUCCCUCUGGUGCAUUAAAUGGGUUACUACUUUCAUGUGCCAUCUCUACAUAACCUAUAAGCAAAUUUUACACUUGAAAAUCUAGAGUUUGCAACAGAUAGGCUAGAUCCUCAGCUAGUAUAAAUACGCUGAGCUCCAUUUACACUAGAUGACAAUCGGCCACGGUCUUUAAGACUUAGUCUAUCCACAGUCAUACCCAUUUAACUAAGGGUUUUAUUAUAUAUUGAUUUAGUUGAGUAACACAAAAAGUUGUUCAUCACUGUUUAAUCCUGGUUUAUAGCUGAUUGGCUUGCACUGAUAAGUUUACAGGCCUGAGCUAAAGACCAGUGACCUGUUUUAAACCCAUAAGAAUUUAUACACAGAAGUUGCACCAGUUUGACUGAUUUGUUAUACCAGUGCCACUGCUCUGCAAAAACAAAAACACUGAAAACUAACACUUCAUAUUUAGUCAGAACUGUUUUUCUUCUUCUGAUCCAGCAUUAGGUGUAGCUUUCCAAUAUGUUUCUUCUUUGAUAUUACUACUCCGGCCAUUCCAGCUCACAUUGCAAUGAGUUUUUAUCAUAUCCUUAAAACAUAUGAAUGAAAUCUACCCUUACUUCCUGGCUAACACAGGCCAAAGAAUUCUCUCCAGUAAUUCCUGCAUCAAAGCUGAUAUAGCUUCUGGUAAUAACUCAGAUGAAAUUACAACUUUGAAAUUGCAAUAGUUAAAAUGAUUUUCUUUAAAAAACUGAAGAUAUAAAGAUGAUAGUAUAAA